UUAGUUAUAUUUCUGUGAUCUAUAGCUACAUAUAUAUAUAUAUAUAUUUAUAUAUCAUGUUAUCUAUGGAGCUUCAACUUGGUUUGGCCCUUCCGGUUCACAGUCCCAUGAUCAAAGGUUUUGACAUGAAUGAUCGUAGGUUCGAGCCAGAUGAUUGUGGUUCGUUUGCAAUAUCGAAAAGCAAGCGCAGUUUCGAGGGAGCUUUUGGCCGGAAGAUCGGAGAUGAAGCAGCACCGCAUUUCUUGGUGUGGGAUGGCCAGCCGAAUGAGGAGGAUGAUAGGAAGGGACAUAAGAAGAGAGAUUCUCACCCCAUCAUCAACAAGAGUGAGAGUGAUGAAGAAAGUUACAUUGUUGGGUGGCCACCAAUUACAUCAUCGAGAAAAAGGGAGCUUAUCCUUCAAAACAACGGUGGACGCGUAGGUCAUCAUCAGAUAAUUAAAAAGCGCACUCCAUUAAUAUCAAUGGCUAAGAAUAUCAUGAUCAGCGGAUCAAAUUCAUCAUCACCGUCCAUUAUUAAUAAUUCCAUGUACGUAAAGGUCAAGAUGGAAGGCGUGCCAAUAGCAAGGAAGAUUGAUCUCACCCUCCACAACUCUUAUUACUCCCUUAAAAACGCCUUAAUUACCAUGUUUACCAACUCAUAUGAUGGAAAAUGUACUGAAGAUCGUGGAAGUUACAGACUCACUUAUCAAGACAAAGAAGGCGAUUGGCUACUCGCAGGAGAUGUUCCUUGGAAAAGCUUCAUCAAGUCUGUGCAGCGUCUGGAGAUAGCAAGGAAUGGCGAAACACGACUAAUUCCAAAGUUUUGCUUUUCUUCUACACGGAAGAUAUAUGCCUUGGACAUAUCUGGUGAAAUACCAAAAGAACUGUUUGAGCUAAAGAAGUUGAUGGACUUGAAUCUUGCUCAGAAUGUUCUCAGUGGCUCUGUCCCCCCUGAAAUUGGUCAGCUAUCAGAUAUGCAGUACCUGAGCCUGGGCAUAAACAAUCUGACAGGGCCAGUACCCCAAGAGCUUGGCAACUUGACCAAGUUGAUUUCCCUGAGUUUUAGCUCCAACAGUUUUGUUGGACAAUUGCCAAAAGAGCUUGGAAAGUUGACAUUAUUACAGCAAUUGUACAUUGAUAGCAGUGGAGUUACAGGACCAAUUCCACAAGAAUUUGCAAGCUUAAAAGCACUUAGAAUCCUUUGGGCAUCUGACAAUCUCUUCACUGGAAAACUCCCGGAAUUCUUGGGGGAUCUCACAGAAUUCAUAGACCUACGACUAGAAGGGACAUCUCUUGAAGGUCCUAUUCCGAGUAGCUUUAGUGCUCUAACCAAACUAGAGACCCUGAGAAUUGGUGAUCUAAACAAGGAAGAUUCUUCUCUUAAAUUUUUGGAAAAUCAAACAAGUUUAUCCAUAUUGACUUUGAGAAACUGUCGAGUUUCUGGCGAAAUUCCGAAACGAUUUGGUGGCUUUUCUAAUUUGCAGCACCUGGACAUGAGUUUCAAUAAGUUGAAUGGUUCAAUCCCAGACUCAUUCCAAAGCCUAACCAAGUUACAGUAUCUAUAUCUCGGAAACAACAACUUGAGUGGAGAGUUGCCAAAUAAUAUCAUCACUCCAAAACUAAUCGCAUUAGAUGUUUCUUUCAAUGGCAUAUCCGGAAAUGUUCCUACAAAUUUUACAAAAUCAGGAUUUUCAAUGAAUGUCCUUGGCACAUCCAUCAUUCCAGACAAUUUAUCAGACGGGAAAUCUUCUGAAUUUCUGCGUUGCCUCCAAGGGGAAACCAAAUGUUCUAAUUACAAAAUAUCAACAUCUUCAUUUUCUGUUAAAAGUGGAGGGACAGAAAUGACAUCUGCGUCGGGCAUCAAAUACGAUGAUGAUUCCGAAAAACUAGGAUCUGCCUCAAUUUACACGAACUCUAAAUCCAAGUGGGCAGUAAGCAAUACUGGGAAUUUCUUAUUUAAUCCAAAUGGACCUCAAUUCAUAGCAAAAACAGAUUCUCAAAUCACAAAAACUUUAGACUCCGAACUGUAUAAAACAGCAAGAGUUUCACCUAGCUCACUGAGGUACUUUGGGUAUGACAUGAUGAACGGGAAAUAUGCGGUUGAGCUUCACUUUGCAGAGAUAGCAAUGGACGACACUGGAUCUUGGAAAGCCCUUGGGAGGCGCUUAUUCGAUGUUUACAUCCAGGGUGAGAAAGUGCUUAAAGACUUCGACAUUAAGAAAGAAGCAGGGGGAUCAAAGAGGGCCUUGGUGAAAACAUUCGAAGCCAACGUGACAAACAAAAUAAUGGAAAUCCAUUUCUUUUGGGCGGGGAAAGGCACUUGUUGCAUUCCAUUUCAAGGCACAUACGGACCUCUAGUGUCUGCCGUUCAUGUCUACCAAGCAACUGGAGUUGGCUCAUCUUCUAAAGAAAACAAGAAGCGGAUAGGAAGAUUGGUGGGAAUAACACUCGGAUGUGCGGCUGGUUUCGGCAUUGUAUUGUCCAUGCUGUAUCUAUGGUGGACAAAGCGUGCGUCUUCUGCUCAUAUGCCAGUACAAACCGACUCGCCUAAGAAAUGAUUAUUACACUUUGAUUCUCUCAACUCCGUACAAAUAGAGAUAAAAAUCUAAAAUAAAAAGACGCUACCAAAAAAAAGCAAGGAAUUUUAAAACACGUUUCGUUUACGGUUUACUUAUGAAGUAAGGAGUGGCUUUCUCUCUCCUGUGGUGUUUGUUUUAACAGCGUAAUGAUUCGUAAACUUAGUUAGAAAGAGAGAACUGGGACCUUUUGUUUGGGAUCAUUAUGUAAAGCCAUGGAGUUGAAUUAUGAUCACUAAAUAGUAUGAGAUGUUUCAGCGAACGUUCUUCACUU